AAGCACAUCUUCGCUGCCUGGCGUUCACGUACCGCUGCAGGCAGCGCUGGCUCAUUGCUGCUGCGGGCUAGCCUGCAGGAUCUGCCCGGGGGCAUCGUGCGAAUGCGGAUAGCACUGCCUGCAGACAGAGUCUAUGUGUGGGGAGAUGAGCCGAAACGAAAGCGUGGGCAGAUUGUUGCGGGGCACUCGGUGCGGGUGCUCAUACCGCAAGUGCAGGUGUGGAGCGAUCAUCCCUUCACAGUGAUGAGGACAGGCCGCGUUGCAGCCAAUUGUAACACUGCAGGCCUCCUGACCGAGGGGUUUCUGGAGCUGCUCAUCAAGCAGGAAGGUGGAUUUACGAAAGAGCUGAGCGAGCUCGCUAGACAGACGCCUCUCGAUGUAGAAGCGGCGCAGGUACGCCACAUCACCGAUGUUGGCGUCAUCCUCGAGGGGCCAUACGGGCAUGUGUACGAGGAGAAGAUUUUCGAGCGAUAUCGAGAAGCUCGACUGUACGCGGGUGGCAUCGGCGUCACCUUUUGUCUGCCCAUGGUCAGCCGACUGGUGCGGCGGCAGACUCAGGGUGUAGCAUGUCGUCUGAUCUGGUCUGUAAGAGAUCUGGGUGAGUUGUGAUGCGAACGUUGAUCGGUGACCACCAAAGCGUAAGCUCACUCAGCUCUUGCCUCGCUCGCCAUUCUGACCGAAGCGCUCGUCGAGGCUGUUGAGCACUACCU